GCCGCUUUCGCGCCAUUUCUGAGGCGGCUGGAAGUGGAGCGGGAGGCGCGAUGGCGGCGGGCAAAGGCCGGGACUACGCGGAGGAGCGCGAGAGGGCGCAGGCGUUCCUGGAGGGCUUCCGGCGGCAGGGACCGGCCAAGGUCUUCCCCUACCGGGAGCAGCUGGAGCGGCUGGCGCACCGCGAGCAGGCGGCCCUCUACGUGGAGCUGGACGACGUGGCCGAGGAGGACCCGGCGCUGCUGGACGCCACCUGCGAGAACGCCAAGCGCUACGAGCGCCUCUUCGCCGACGCCGUCUGGGAGCUCCUGCCGCGCUUCCGCCGGCGCCAGGUGGCUCCGCGGGACGCGCUGGACGUCUACCUGGAGCACCGGCUGCUGAUGGAGGGGCGGGCGCGGGAGGAGCCCGGGCAGCCCCGCGACCCCCAGAACCGCUUCCCGGCGGAGCUUCUGCGCCGAUUCGAGCUGUACUUCAAAGCGCCCUCGAGCGCCAAGCCUCGGGUGAUCCGGGAGGUGAAGGCCGACUCCAUCGGGAAGCUGGUGACUGUCCGGGGCAUCGUCACCCGGGUCUCCGACGUGAAGCCUCGCAUGGUGGUGGCCACCUACAGCUGCGACCAGUGUGGUGCGGAGACCUACCAGCCGAUCCAGUCCUCCAGCUUCAUGCCUCUGCUGAUGUGCCCCAGUAAGGAGUGCCAGACCAACCGAGCUGGUGGCCGCCUCUACCUGCAGAGCAGAGGGUCCAAGUUCAUCAGAUACCAGGAGCUGAAAAUACAGGAGCACAGUGACCAGGUGCCAGUGGGGAACUUGCCGCGCUCCAUCAGUGUCAGUGUGCAAGGCGAGAACACGCGUCUCGUGCAGCCAGGUGACCACGUUAGUGUGACUGGCAUCUUUCUCCCUGUGCGGCAGACUGGCUUCCGGCAGCUCUUGCAGGGCCUUCUCUCCGACACAUACCUGGAGGCCCACCACAUCACCUGCAUGAGCAAGAGUGAGCAGGAGGAGUUGGGAGAGGCGGAACUCACUGAAGAAGAAUUGCGGCUGAUUACAGAGGAGGACUUUUACGACAAGCUGGCAGGCUCCAUUGCCCCCGAGAUCUAUGGCCACGAGGACGUGAAAAAGGCCCUGCUGCUGCUGCUGGUGGGCGGUGUGGACCAGAGUCCACGCGGCAUGAAGAUCCGGGGGAACAUCAACAUUUGCCUCAUGGGAGACCCUGGUGUGGCCAAGUCUCAGCUGCUGUCUUAUAUCACCCGCCUAGCACCACGCAGUCAAUAUACAACAGGCCGAGGGUCCUCCGGGGUGGGGCUGACCGCUGCAGUUCUGCGUGACCCGCUGACGGGGGAGCUGACUCUGGAAGGCGGAGCCUUGGUGUUGGCCGACCAGGGGGUCUGUUGCAUCGAUGAGUUCGAUAAGAUGCUGGAGUCGGACCGCACAGCUAUCCACGAAGUGAUGGAGCAGCAAACCCUCUCCAUCGCUAAGGCAGGCAUCCUGACCACGCUGAAUGCCCGCUGUGCCAUCUUGGCAGCUGCUAACCCUGCCUACGGGCGGUAUAACCCCAAACGCAGCUUGGAGCAGAAUAUCCAGCUGCCUGCAGCACUGCUCUCCCGCUUCGACUUACUUUGGCUGAUCCAGGAUAGGCCUGACCGGGACAACGACCUCCGUCUGGCCCAGCACAUCACUUACGUACACCAGCACAGCCGUCAGCCGCCUUGCCAAUUCCAGCCACUUGACAUGGGCCUGAUGAGGCGAUACAUCGCCACCUGCAAGCAAAAGCAGCCGGCGGUGCCCGAAGCCCUGGCCGAUUAUAUCACAGCGGCCUAUGUAGAGAUGCGGAAGGAGGCCCGUGCCAACAAAGAUACCACGUACACCUCAGCCCGCACCUUACUGGGGAUCCUCCGCCUGGCCACCGCCCUGGCCCGGCUGAGGCGUGUGGACCUGGUUGAGAAGGAAGAUGUCAACGAAGCAAUGCGCCUGAUGGAGAUGUCUAAGGAUUCCCUGUUGGUGGACAGGGGACAACCCAAUCGGAUGCAACGUCCCUCCGAAUUGAUUUUUGCAGCCAUCCGAGAACUGGUUCCUCCUGGAGGGGCUCACUCUGUCCAGCUGACGGAGGCUGAACAGCACUGUGUGUCCAAGGGCUUUACCCCCGUCCAGUUCCAGGCUGCUCUCAGCGAAUACGAGGAACUCAACAUCUGGCAAGUGAACCAGAAAAAGACCCGUCUCACUUUUAUUUGAUCAGUGGCAGUGGUGGCCGUGGUUCUUCUUAUAUGGAAGCUAUUCUUCUCAAUAAACACUUUAUUGAAUA